AAAUUUUGGGAAUUCGUAAAAACAGUUCGUUUUCUGCUAUUAGGGUUUUCGAUUUGGUGCUUGCAAUUGAGAGAAAGUGACGAUUGAUCUUCCUGAAGGGAAGUAAGUUGAGUUGGGAAGACUGAAGAGGGAGAGAAAAACGAGGGCCAAACAAUAUUGAUACAAGAGCUUUUUCUUUUGCAUAAAAAGAAUCACUAGAAUGGGACCAAAUGCGAAGAAUGUCAAAGGGCAUGAAGAAACCCAGAUGGAUCGACUAAGUGACUUGCCAGACAGUCUGAUUCAUCACAUCCUGUCUUUGAUGGAAACUAAAUUUGCAGUUCAAACCUGCAGUUUGUCAAAGAGAUGGGUUAGCCUUUGGACUCAUCUCCCGGCUUUUAAUUUUGACAGCAAGUACUUCACUAGAGUGGAUAACAUGAAACGUUUUGUAUCUCAUGUCCUGGAUCGCUGCAACACCAUUAAUGUCCUUGCACUCAGCAUUCAUACACGCAGAGGCAAACUGGAGCAGGGCCUAUUUGAUAGAAUUAUAAGCUUUGUUCUUUCUCACAGUGUUCAAGAGCUUCGUUUGUCCUUUGUUCGCGUAGGUACCUUGCAAGUGUCUCCAACUCUUUUCAGAUGCCAAUCUUUAAGGGUUCUCAAGCUUACAGGCUAUAAUUAUGGUUUUCCAAGACCACUAGAUUUUGCGACACUGAAGAGUUUGAGCCUUUGCAGAGUUGGCCUACGCGACAAUAACUAUUCCAAUAUCUUUUCAAGCUGCAUCAAUCUGCAGAGUCUUGUUCUGACUAGUGUUCAUUUAGUGGUCGCAAGAGUGUUAAAAAUAACAGCUCCUGCACUAGUUAAUUUGACUGUGUCUGAUCUUACCAUUUUUGCUGCAAGGGAUGACAGACAUCGGGCUUCUCCAUCCUUAAAUGAAAACAAGCUUGUGAUUUCUGCACCUCGACUGACCUCCUUUAACUUCAACUUCCCAUGUUACAAACCAUUAUCAUUGUCCAUGGUUAACUCUUCCUUUCUUGACAAGGUGAACUUUAGCAUAUUGCACUUUUGUGACAUGGAAUACCAAGGUGGUCGUUUGUUUCCUUUUCUGAUUAAAAUCUUGCAAAAAUUUGGUAACACAAGAUCACUCACGGUAUCAUCAGAUAUAGUACGGAUUCUCUCAAAGCAUUCCAGGUUACUUGAAGAUCGUUCAUCUCCCUUUACUAAUUUGGAGUCUUUGGAAGUAGUGAGGGGAGGAAAGAGUUGCAAGACUAUUCCUCUGCCAGUUUUGAACUUCUUUCUCCGUAGCUCUCCCUUUGCAGAGGAACUUCAAGCAAAGUUCAAAAAGGGAAAAAAGCAAGCUUAAAAGGCUGGGGGACUGGAGUUAGGACAGCAGAACAGCAUGCUGUUUGAUGUGGGUCUUCUUGUCUUCUGCUUCAGAUUAGUUUCCAGUUUUAUUGGAUAAAUAUUAAUGCUACUGAAUUUUGAGAAAUUUAUGCAUAUGUUGAAAAUUAGUAGUUUUUUGAAACUUAGCUAAUCAGUUUGGUAAUUCUAUAGUUCUUGUUUAUGAAAAUCAUCAUAAAUCCUUUGGCAAUCC